AGGUGAAUUAUAUGGUUUGCAUACUUCUCUUGUGUUUCUUUUUUGAUUUUAAUUUUAGCUAGGUUAGGAAGUUUUAUAAAUUAAAUAUUUUACCAUACAUUUUAAAUAGGUAAUUUUUAAGCAACCAUUUAAAUUAUUUGAAUUACUUUAAAUGUAGCUAACUUUUAUCUAGCUAACCAUACACUUUCUUUAAUUAUUUUUAAAUCUAACAUAACCAAACAUACUCAUGUGUCAACAAUUUGUAAUAUGACCACUCGUUAAAAUGGUUAUAUGUGACUAAUGCGAGACAAUUACAAUGUACCCUGGAGGUGACGAAGAUCGGUUGGCGGUGAACGUGCACGAAAACUUGAAGCCGCCUACAGAAAGUGGGAAAUCAUAUCUGGUCAGGGGCUCCUACACCUAUUAUCAUUACGGAUGUGAUGGAGUCUCCGAUGAGGGCUGGGGCUGUGGCUACAGGACGUGCCAGACUCUGUGCUCCUGGGUGCGCGGGCAGCAGUCCGGCCAGCACGCGCCUCCCGUGCCCAGCAUACGCGACAUCCAGGACGUGCUGGUGCGACUGGGAGACAAGCCCCCGCACUUCGCCGGGUCCCGCGACUGGAUCGGCAGCGUGGAGGUGUGCCUCGUGCUGGACCAGCUAUACGCCGUGCCCUGCAGGAUCCUGCACAGCCCACACGGCACGCUGGGCCAACAGGCCGGCGCACUCGCGGCGCACUUCCGAGACCGCGGGAGCCCCGUCAUGAUGGGGGGCGACCUGGACUGCUCCUCCAAGGGCGUCCUGGGAGCGCAUGUGUCCGGCGACCACACCUACCUGCUGGUCGUGGACCCGCACUUCUCCGGCCGAGCGGGAGCGGCGGCCGAGCUUGUGUCCGCGGGCUGGGUCAAGUGGCAGCGUCUGUCGCAGUUCCAGGACAGUUCCUUCUACAACCUGUGCCUCCCUCAGCUCGGAGGGAGAGAAUAGCACAGCUGCCAAUGUCUUGGGCUCCUUCCGCACACUCUCCUCCGGGCCCUUCAACCGACCUUCAUGGUCUCUCCAGGAACCACGAGUCUUGGACUCCAACAACCCGGCGCUGGAGAGAGGCAGAUAUCGAGAUGGCAACAGCAUCGUCGCCUGUUGCUUGUCCGAGAUGACUUUUGGAGGUCUCGAUUUGAUGAGUAAUUUCCCAGCACAACACCAACUAACGCACCCAGUGGACUGUCCUGGCCCCCGGAGAUGGAAGGGGUGCAAACUGUUAGAAGUGAACAAUUUGACACACACAGGUCUCGUAGAAAGAAUGAAACUGUAUUCAUGUGAACUAAGGAAAAACAGCAUCAAAUAGGACAAAAGGGACAUUUGGUAUAAGCCAUGUUGUGAAAGUGUUACUAUUAAUAUUAUAUUCUGGUUCCACUAGUUCUGCUUAUAAAUUUUGUUCCAUGAA